AUGCCUGUCUAUCCCGAAAUUUUUGAGGUGUCCAUUGGACUCCAACGUGCCAGCACAGAACUCUCGAUUUUUUGUCGUGAAGCCAGCAGUGCUGUUGAGAUCGCCUAUCCUAUCUGUAGGUAUACAGUGGUGUGUGUUGUCCCUAAUGGGCUUCAAGCAUGGUGCGUGUGCCGUAAUGUCAUCUGGGAGUGCUUUUGCGCUCUUGUGACGGAUGAGCAUGUUCCCGUUUGCUUCUCUUCUAAUGACAUGCAUCAUUCUACGGCCCUUUGUCACCACAACCCAAGCCAAUGUGGCUUUUUGCUGAACCUUAAUGAAGCGCGACACACUGCAGAACUCGAGUCUACUUAUCGUCACAUCCUUACUCAAGGUCAAAAUGGAUCCCUUCAUCUCACUAUGCCGAGGUUGCUACGGACAUUUCAGCGACAACUUGCUGCUAUACCAUUUGGUCAUGCGCAGCUCAUGCCCUACUUUGAAGGCUAUUGCGGCAGCCCUCGUUUACGAUCAUUGUUGGGUGCUGGACCAGUCCGUAGUCACACCACUGCCCAUCCGAGUCAUCGUCAUUGUUCUGGUAUGGGCCGUAUGGGACGUCCGAUGCAUCAGCAACAGAUCACGAACUAUGUCCGUCAUGCAUCAGUAGCACUGGGAGAGGCUGCAAACCACAGAGGAACACCGAAUCACCAUGGAGACUUGUCUGCUGCUGAUGCUGACAUACUGCAAACCCUUGCGGCAGGAGGAGGGAUUUCACGAUAUGCAGAGAUAGGACUGUUGGAGGAAUGUAAUAGCUGCAGGUUACGGUUUGCGGGUAGCGCGCUGAGGGCACACAUCCCAACUUGCAUGUUUCUUUUGUAG